AUGGUGAUCGAAGGUUGGCUUGAGCCAGAGUGUGUUGUCGUUGCGUCUGCGGGUUCCGGUAGGUCGCCGGCAGUGUCUGGCUCGGUGAUUGCCUCGAUGAAGCUGCCACUGCCGUUUGCAACAAAACCGCUUCCCUCCCCGCCCGAGGCCCCGAAUCCACCAAAGCCAGCUCUACCUAUCACAGAGCCUCAACCUACCGCUGUGGCUGCUCCUCACGCGCACGCUCAUGCGGGGCCUGCUCGUGUUGCUCUUGUUGCUCCUGUUGCUCCCGUUGAGUCUCCCGCUCCCCUUGUCAUUGUUGAUGCCCCUCCGGGCGCCCCGAUCCUUGCUGCGCCGCUUGCCUCAGUCGCCCUACCUGCACCGAUCGCUGCUGUUGGUUCGUCGCCGCACGCGGUGUCCGCCACCACUGGCGGCCCGAGCCCGGGGGAGGUGGGGGGGGCCGUUGCGCUGUCGGCUCCCGUCCUACCGACAGCGGCAACAUUGGUGCUGCCCCCGGAUGUCCAGGUGGUUCCUGAUCCUGCGCCACUCGCUGCUGCUCUUUUGGCUCAGCCCGUUCCUCCUCCUGCUCCCUCUGCAUCUGCUGCUGCUCAUGGGAACCGUAUUUGCCUGCUGAGGGUUCCUCCUGUUGCGGGUAUGGAGUUCGUGACCGUGGCAGGAGGACCGGUGACGGCGCAGUAUCCAUCGCUACUGCCCGUGGCUCUUGCUCCUCCGGCUGCAACGGUGUAUGGUCACCCGGCUCUCUCCCAGGGUGUUCCUCUGGACAGUGGACCUUGGGACGAGUGCCUAGAUGCCGCUGAUCGGCUGGCCGAGCUCCUGGCGCCCGUGUUGGCUACGCCCGCGCGGGGCGGAGUUGCGGGCGUUGGACAGCUUGGGACGGCAGACCGUGGUCUGCGCCGGUUUUUGCGCGAAAGGACUGCAGUCGACUUGAUCGGCGCAACCACAGUGGUGGUGCGCGAGCUUCAUCGCUCUCUGAUGGUGUUAUAG